AUGGAUUAUGAUAUGUGUGAAAGUUUUGAUAUGGUAAUUAAAAAUUAUCCCGAUAAAACAAACAAUUCUGAAGGAUGUGAUAUUCAUGAUAUAGAUGGUAUUGAGGAAUACUGCGUUGAUGAAGAAUCAGGCGAAGGAGAAUGUAAGACUGAGCUCGAUAAAAUAAAUGCUGCAUGCUUAUGGUUGCUCAAUGAAAAUAUUGCUAAAGGGAUUGAUGAUUUAAGUAAAGAAAAAAUUAAUGUGUUUAUUAUAUACAUUAUGAUAUGGUUAAAUUAUAUGUUAAACCUAAAGAAAGAUGACAAAACAAACCUAAAUUAUUUGUAUACUAAUCAUAUAGGAAAAAAUGUGAAUUAUACUAAUUGUACAAAUGGUGGUAAAGAUUGUAAUAGUAAAUUAAAUACUAAAGCAGGAUAUAAUAAUUUUAAGGAUAUCAUGGAUAAAAGAAAGGAUUUGUUGAACAUUAAUUUUGAAGAUAUAUCUAAAUUUUAUGAAGCAUUUAAAUUAUUAUGUAAAAUUCCUACUGAAUAUGAUGAAGGCAAGCUAGAAUGCACGGAAUAUUUAAAAAUAGCUAAAGAAUUUGUUGCAAAAUAUAAUGAAUUUAAUAUCGUUUCUGAUAUUACUGAAGAUGAUCCCUAUUAUCAAGUAUUGUUUACAUUAUCAACUGAUUAUGAUAAUUUUAAAGAGGACUAUAAUGCUAGUUGUAUGAAUAUUCCAUCGCUUCCACCGAUAAAAUCAACACAAAAUCACAUACAAAGUUCUGAAGAGCAUUCUGAACAUGGUUCUGUACAAAAUUCUGGUGUUACAUCAUCAAGCUUGUCGAUAGUAAAAAAAUUAAUUCUAGCUUUAUCAAUAUUCAGUGCAAUAACAAUUUUUUUGGGAAUUUUUUAUAAGUGUUCGUUAUUUGUAUUACGGAAAAGAGCUCAAAAACAACAUUUAAGAGAAAAACUAAAAAAUAUAAAGAAGAGAAUAAAUCAUUAA